ACUAGUCAUUAUGUUUAAACACGAAUUUCGUAAUAUUUGACCAUACUAUUUCACAAAUUAACGUUGCGUCAUGUACCUUACUAAAGAUUUGUGGUAUUAGGUCACCCCCUGCCGGUUGUUAUCGGAUUUACGACGCAUUUUCAAGAGACUCCCCCCCCUCAAAGUGAUGCGUUAAAAAGCACAAGUUAUAACAUCCUCAUUAACUGUAAAACUCUAACUUCUCGCACGCCGUUGUUACACCUCAACAAACGUCGGAACGAUGGCUGACAAUUACGACGCUACUUUCGAUAAUCUUGUGUUUGACGAAGAUUUAGAACACAUCCUUGAAGAGAUAUUUGAUGAAGCCCAACUAACUGUUUGCGAGGACGACAAUGGCCUUAACGGUGGGCAUAAUGAUGACAACAAUCUUGUAAUAAUAACUGCAGAGGAUGUGCAGCGGGGGGUUGCGGAGGGACCCGAGUUACGUAACGAACCAGCCAACGUCACAACGCCCGCCCCCUCCCACACGGAGUGUUCCGAUGAACAACUUCACACGCCUACCGUCCGUGCAAACGCUCGCACGGACGUAAUCGAACCCCCCACGCAGCGAAUUUAUGGUUGCGGACAGGCCGUAAAACGCGUGAGGCUGCCCGAACAGGAAACGAACGACUCGCCGUCCGCCAGACGUUUAAGGACUUCAGAGAACAACGAACAAGCUCAUGACCAACGAGGGCUAACAGCUUGGUCUGAUUCGCUGGUCCACGCAUGGGAUCAGGUAUCCUUCACUGAUACGGAGAGUGAGGAAGAAGAAGAGGAAGAAGAAGAGGAGGAGGUGGAGGAGGUUGCGGAAUUACUACAUGAAAUACCUCGGGAGCUGUUUAGCGAUCGCGAUUUAAAUAGAAGGCUUGAUCGCGAAGCGUUGAACCGUGUUAAUCGUUACUUUGAAAGACUUUUUGAUCUGGCCGGACAACCGUUGACUUACCGGCAAGUUGAAGAAAUUGCAGCUAACGCGCAAGGUGACGUUAUUUCGAUUUUAAGAAAUGUCAUAUCCUGUCAACAACAACACACCGAAGCCUUACGACACGCAGCGGAGUUUUGGAGAAAUUGUCACGAAGAGUUAUAUAACGAAUUCACGCAAUUUCGCCAGAGUAUGAUCGGAGUACCGGAGGAAAUCCGGGAAAACCGGACCGAACAGAGAUUGGCGGUAAAUGCAUUAUCUUUGAUGUCCGAGCGUUUGAAUCUGCUGCAGAGAAUGUUGGUAGAUUUGCAUGAACGUAUGAUAUCCAGGAGAUAA